GCUGGAGCUUAGCAAGAGGCCAAGUGGCGCCUGGAUGACACGGUCAGUGUGAGAACGUGCAAACGUGGUGUGGCCGGAAGCCCUGGGCUGGAGCCCGCACCUGCUGUCAUGAAGGCGCCUCCCAGCACGGAGGGGCCAUCCGCACCCCCUGGGUUGGAGAUCUUGGAGGGAGACGUCCGGUGACCCCAGUGCCUGCAGGCCAAUGGCAGAGAAAUAGGGCAUGGUCCACAUCCAGCUUUUGGUCACUCUGACCCCCUUCCAGAGCCGCCUUGGGUUCAGAUGGGAAGUUGGCACAAACCUGAUGCCAGCCCAAUUCUCCGUCUUUCUGUUGGACUGUGGGGUCACAGCACCCAGAGGUAGGGAAUGUGGAGGGGCAGAGGAGGCCACAUGGCAGGUCCUCAGGGGGCUGUGCUCACAUGUCAGAAUGUCCCCAGAGCUAUUUCAGCCAUCGAGUGACUCAACCCGCAGUCAUGAAGGUGACCGGAAAGGCCAAGCAGGGGGUGGCUGGCACGGCCAGAAGGACCUCAUCUCCACACCCCCACCAGGCCCCUCCUGGGCCCAGAGGCCCCUGCAUGGGGUGCGGGUGGCAGGCACUGCGGAGGCCACUGUUCCCCGAGGGGCCACUCAAGGCCCACUGACAGAAGCGUACGGUGACAGUGACAGGCGGUCUCUUGGCCGCAGCAUGGAGUUCUUCAGCACUGACCGAGGCCCUGCCGGUGUCGGGCUCAGAGCCAGACGUGGACCCCUCGCAGAUGCUCACUGGGCACCACGCAGACGGGCCGGGGUCGCUCAGCCUGGGGUCCUGCUGGGAGUGCGGAGCGGGCUCCGGUGGGGCCGGGCUCCCCGCGUCCUCAGAGGGUGGACAGGGUCCCCGAAGGAGGGGCACAAGCGUGCACCAGAUGUGGGUGCAGAGGCAGGGCCACACCUCGCCCGCAGCAGGAGCCCGUCCCCGCCUGCCCCCCAUUCUGGAAACAGCGGAAGCCGAGUCCCCACGACGCUGAUGCAGGAUCCACGCACGCAGUGUGCUGGCGGCGCAGAGGAACAUGGGGGCGGAUGGCCGUGGGCUGUGUGUGUGGGGAGGGGUAUCAGCCCCGUGUCACGUGCCCGGGAGAUCCAGUGUCGGCCGGACCCUGAGGCCCCUGCACCUUGGGGCCCCCCGAGCGUCCUCUGCAUGGGUACCUGCAGGGCGGCAGCGAGAACCAGGCAGAGCGAGCUAAGCCGGGGCAGUGGCGGGGACAGCGGCUGGGGCUUCAGGUUGAUUGUCCGUGAAGAGACCCAGGGCCUCCCGAGGUCGGUGCGCCUCUGCCCAACUAAAAGGUGCCGCCAACCGAGCUACCCGACAGGCUGCAAUGCCCACGGCGUGGAUCAGAGCGGCCCGGCGGGUCUGGGACUCGGGGGACUGCCUUGGCAAGGCGGGGAGAGGAGGCUCUCGGGCUCUGGAGGAAGCCUGGACCACCAAGCCCCAAGCUGGCCUCUGACAACCUACCUCCGCAGCUCCAAGCGAGGCAAGAUUUGUAGUGAUAAGAAGCCCAUUGAUGCCCAAGCCCUGAGAAAGAAGGUCAGCAGUGUGACGUGUGACCCUGCAGCCCGUGCCAUCCUCAGCAGUCUGCUGCUCUACAUCACUGACCUCCAGGACAGGCCCCCAGGGCCUCCUCCCACCCGGGGGUCAGAGCACAGGGAGAGCAGGGUCAGCCGCGCUCAGGAUACUCAGGAUGCCCACCGGCGGCCCACAUGCUUUCAGUUGCUGCAGGCCAAGUUCAUGGGCACUGGCCGAGAGCCCCGCCUCAAGAAGACCCGGGAGGUGGGGAGGCUGAUCUUCAAGGACAAGCAGGGCCCCAGCAGGAGCUUGGUCACCGCCACCAUCAACAAACUUCUGGACAAGGCCCGGGAGGGAACCGGCUGCACGGCGCAGGAUGGGGAGCCGCUGUGCAACGAGAAGUCCCGGCGUGGCCUCCCCACCGGGGGAAAGGGCACCGUGAAGAACAUUCUGAAGAUAUUCUUGGCGGCAGAGGAGAAAAACGUGUGUGAGAAGCCGGAAGCUGCCAGAGGGUCCCUGCCAAAGCCGGCCAGCAAGAGGGGCUCUGUCCUGUCCAGGCUGCGGGCGAAGUUUGAGCAAAGCGGCUGUCUCUGCUCCGAGGCCAGCGUGCUGCCACUCCGCACGGAGGGGAGGAAGAAGGGCCUGCUCAGGAGGAAGACGCACCGACCGGAGGCCCGUGUGCUCUGCACAGCCACCAUGGCCAGCACCUGCAUCCGGACGCCACUAGCCCGCUUCCUGGCCUGCACCGCUGAGCCCGUGCUGGCCUUCAACAUUGCCACGGUCGUCUGCAGCCCCAGGAGCUGGCUGUCCCACUGCGCCAAAAUCGGCCACUCCGACCGGGGGCGCGUGUCCAGCGCAGGGGACGCGGCAUCCAGGGAGAAUAAAACAGUGGGAUGGGGGCAGCCUGGUGGGCACCCCGAACAGCCCCCAGCACCCAGUGCCACGGCUCCUGGGGACAGUCUGGAAGCCGGGUUCCUGGGUAUGGGGCCCAAGCCUGUUUCCAAGCCAGACCCCGCUUUUGCCUCCCACAGGGGUGAGGCCCUUCCUGGCUGUGAGCCCAGGGUGGCCCCACUCAAACCAGCCAGCCCUUGGCAUGCUGGGGCAGCAAGAGAGGACAGGAUGGGGGGCCCCCCCGCAGGGGACUCUGCACAGCACACCUGGGGGCCGGGGGGAGCCAGGGCGGGCCUGUGGCCUGGGCCCCCGAGGGCGCAAGCAGGGGUGGCCCCCGAGGUGGCCCUGACAGUUUGCAGUUCUGAGGAUGAAACAGAAGUAGCGACCCCAGGCUCGGAGCGAGAUCCCCUGUUCGCCGUGCAGCAGACUUUCCCGGAACAGAAGGUAGCGGGACGUGUCCCGCCACUUGCGGUGCCCGCGGUUCAGGCCCUGCGGCGCGCACAGCCGGCCGCCGAGCCUCCCCAGAUAACGGUCAGGCGGCCGCUCGUGCACGAAAUGCCGCCUCCCGCCGCGCUGCCAAAGGCACCAGGUGGUGGAGACAAGGGUUCUAGUCUUCGGAGCGGUGGGGAUGUGGGUACCGGCAGGGGUGCGGGUGGGGGAGGGGGCGUGAAUGGGGGUGGGGGCAUGGGCGGCGGAGGGAGCGGGGACCGGGGCCGAGGCAGCGAGGCCACCAGGGCAGCCAGCGCGGGCCGCAGCGGGUCGGCGGGGCCACGGCGGGGCUCCCUGGAAACCCUGAGUGUCUCGCCUGCAAGGGGCGCCGCCAGCGUGAGUCGGGACCUGUCAGCGGCUGGUCCGCAGCAAAGUCCCACGCGGGGAAAGGAAAACACGCGCAGCGCUGCGGACCGAAACGCGCUCUGGCUCCGGCAUACUGAGGGAGCGGCGGGGCAGAACGCGCCUGAGCCCGCCUGCCAGAAGCAUCCGUCGCCAGCAGCAGGUGACGGGCACGCCCGUGGCGAGAAGGCCCCAUCGCAUCAUCCCACGGCCUCGGAGAAUCAGUGGGGAGUGGACGGCCACUGGGCCCCCGGCCGCGGCGGGACUAAGUCCGACAGCGCGGCCUCCGCGCACGAGAACGGCCUGCGCGAGCAAGAGCCCGGAGGGCCGCCACGGAGGGGCUCAGCCCGGUCCGGCCUGCGGGCCGCAGGGCGCUCCAGCACCGGCCUGGGUGGGGACAGACCCACCUCCCUCAGUGAACGCCCCAAACCGAGUACCGAGGUCCCAGGGGCCGCGGAGAGUCACACCGCAGCAGCGCCCGGUAGCGCCCCGAGCCCGGUUAACGUCGUGGCUGGAGAGCGGAAGCCUGUGCGGGAGGCAGAGGGCCGACCCCCGUCACCGCACUGCAGCCCCGCAGCAGAGGCUCGUGCCCCGGCCGCCAGCCACCCGCUCGGUUCCGUGCCAGUCGUGUCCUGGAGGCACCACGGGCUCGGAGCACCCGGGAGCGGUGCCUGUGGAGGCUCGGGGGUGACCCCUGAGGCCCGGGCCGCGGCCCUGCUGGAGGCGGGCGUCCCCUUGUGCACACGCGCUGCGGCGGAGAGCGAAGCUAGCACAGGGGCAGGGGGCAGAGGUGCCACAACCAGACACGGGAGCCCAUGCGGGGGUGACCUGUCCACAGUCCCAGGCUGGUCUCACCCCACGACCCAGGGCAGUGCUGGCGUGGGGCCUCCCCAGAGCCAACCGAGCAAGGAAGACAAGUGCAUCCUGCCUGAAAAACAGGUGCCUCCCAGUGCGGAGGCUUCUCGGGCAGCAGAAGGGCAGCGGGCAGGCCGGGUGCCCCCAAAGUGCCCAGACCUCCAGGCGCACCUGCCGCCUGCAUCCCUCCUAAGGUCUGGCGUCCCAGAGGGAGUGGAGGACAGGGGCACACAUCAACCUCUGGCAGGCCUGGGGGCACUGGAGGAGAGGGCCGCAGGGCCCAUGAGGCUCGGUGGUCCCCUGGAGAAGGGGGUAGCUCUCCGGGGUCGGGAGCCUGGGUCAUGUGCUGCUGAAGAGGGUCAGAAACGGCCCUGGGGGGUCCAGGUGGGCAGUGGUCCGGACACAGGGGCCACCAAGAUGGAGACUGGUCAACACCCCAAGAAGGGCCUAGAACGUGUGCAGGGGCAGCAGGCUUGGCGUGCAGAGAGCCCCCGUUUGGGAUACAGUGCCCAGGCUGGCGGGAUGGUGUCCCGCAGCUCGGCAGGCCCCCCCAAAAGCUCCUCAGAAGCAGUGGCCACUACAGAUCCAAGCAGGAUGUCCCAGGGACCGUGCCCCAGGGGCGGCCAGGGAGGGCCUGGAGCACCACACCGGGUGGGAGAAAGGCCGUGGCCCUCCGGCCCCGAGCCAGCGCAGGGCUCCGUGGUGCCCGCUCCCCGUGCCCCAGCCCAGGAGAGGCCCUCACACACCCCUGCGGCAGGGAGAGGUGCAGUGGAGCAUGAGCACCACAGAAGGCUGGCACGCUUCGCAAAGUAUAGAGCCCAGAGCUUCAGCGACCAGAGGUCUUUCGAUCUGUCCUUCAGACCCACAACCAUCAGGGCCAGCGACACGUUUGAGCUUCCAAAGUGA